AUGGCUCCCUCAAUCCUCACAGCAUGUGCAAUCGCUGGACUGGGGCUGCUCGCCUCAGUUGCUGCCGAUGAGACUUCGGAAUCAUGGCCAUAUCAAGUUUUCAAGUCGAGGCCAGACCUUCAGCCCCCCGUCCUGGAAAUCACCAAGACCGGCAACACCGCUGAGGGCUACCUGUUCUUCACUCAAACAGGAUCGGCUGCGCACAAUUAUUCUACGCUCAUCAUGACGGAUGAUGGAGAGCUGGUCUACUCAAGCGCGAUGGGGGCCUACACAAACUUCAAACCUCAACCGUAUAAAGGCGAGGAAGUAUUGACCUAUUUCCAUGGCAUAACAUACGGUGAGCCAUGGGGUAUGGGAUACGGCAUCGUCCAGGUACGAGACAAGGACUACGAGAGUAUAACCAACGUCACUGUUGAGGAGGGCAUAACCGUCUUGGGUUUUGUCGAGACCAAUGACGACUGGCUGUCUUACAUUGACAUGCACGAGUCCCAGAUGACAUCCGAGGGCACAAUGCUCGUCACUGCGUACAACAACACUCGGACAGAUUUGAGCUCAGUCGGCGGCCUCGAGGACGGCUAUGUACUGGACGGGGUUUUCUACGAGAUUGAUGUCGAGACCAAUGAGGUUGUUUUUGAGUGGAGAGCAACCGAUCAUGAGGAUGAGAUCCUGUACACGGAUGCCCUCAAGUACUAUCCCCUGGAGGACUUGGGCCAGAACAGUUCUUAUCCUUGGGGGCCCUUCCAUAUCAACUCGGUUGAAAAGUUCAAGGACGGCUCCUACCUGAUAUCCUCCAGGUUUUAUUGCUCCAUUUUCAAAAUUGGCACAGACGGCGCAGUACAGUGGCAGCUCGAUGGACAAAGCGGAGGUGACUUCGAGCUUGCUAAUGGACUCGCAUUUGCCUACCAGCAUGACGCGCGCAUUCAUAGCGAGGAGGACGGCACAUAUCUCAUCAGCCUAUUGGACAAUGCUUGGUCCAGUGUCACCAACGAGCACAACGGCCUGACCAACACCACCGGGAUGUACCUCUCAGUCAAUGAGAAAACAAAGGUCGCAACCCUGGUACAAAAGUUUGAGGACCCAGAAGAUGGCGUCAUCGCUCGCUCCCAAGCCAACAUGCAGGUCCUACCCAACAAGAAUGUCUUUCUGGGAUACGGCUUCUCGCCGAAGAUGAAGGAAUUCGACAGCGACGGCAACGUUGUGAUGAGAGUCAAGUUUGGAGAGCCGUAUGAAGUCCAGAUGUACCGUGCCUUCCGCUUCCCCUGGGUGGGCACCCCUUCAGCCCCUCCUAAUGUCUUCGCUUGCCACUCCGACAAUCAGACCCAGGUUUAUAUGAGUUGGAACGGUGCCACUGAGCAUCAGACCUGGAGUGUACUGGCCGGAGACUCCGCGGACAAUCUCCGGUCGGCUGGCGAGGGAGAAAAGGCUGGUUUCGAGACCAUGCUUGCUGUUCCAGGUCAACGUUCGUUCGUGCAGGCUGUCGCUCAGGGCAAAUCCAUUGAGGCUGGUCACUCUGAAGUUGUAGCUGUGAGCUCUCAGUGCUAG